AUGCAACACAGACAGCUUUUUUUUGACCUCACGAACUGCAAACUCAGACAAUAUUUUCCAUCUCAGGAACUGCCACACAGACAAAAUUUUCCCUCUCACGAACUGCUACUGAGACAUUUUUUUCUUUCCCGAACUGCCACACAGACACCUCUUUUCACCUUCACGAACUGUCACUCAUACAACUUUUUCCCCAAUCACGAACUGCAACACAGACAUUUUCCCCUCAUGAACUGUCAAACAGACAACUUUUUCAACCUCACGAACUGCCACUCAAACAACAUUUUCCAUCUCAUGAACUGCCACUCAUACAACUUUUCUCCUCAUGAACUGACUCACAGACAUUGUCUCUAUCACGAACUGUCACUCAGACAACUUUUUUCAUCUCACGAACUGCCAUUCAGACAACUUUUUCUCCCCUCACAAAUUGCCACUUUGUUUUCAACACUAUCAUAUUCUGUUCAUUAUCUAUCUAAUUUUGUACAUUAUCUAUCUAUCUAUCUAUCUAUCUAUCUAUCUAUCUAUCUAUCUAUCUAUCUAUUUUAUUAUAGCAAUAAAGAAAUGACUUAA